AUGUCUUCAAGAAGCACUAACAAUAUUGAAAAAUACACGGAAUUACACAAGCCAAAAUUUCCUCACAAUUUUAAUUCUUACGAGUCAGAGAAAAUAUUAUUUGGGAACGGGAACCAAAACGUGCCUCCACGGUCUGCUCAUUCGGAAACACUAUCUCUAAAGUCAAAUACCCAAUUUUCUGAUGCUAGAGUUUGCAAAGGUGAUAAUAAUUAUAUUUACCAUGGGGUUCAGGAUCCAAAUGGGUCCAACUCGACCAACGUUACACUGAGCAGUUUUCGGCCAGGGAGCGUAAAGCCAAACGAAACUCAGCUAAAUCUUGCUUUUGCAUAUGGUAUCCGUAGACCUGAUGGACGCGUUACUCGUCUCAUUCGCGCUGAUCACCUCAACUCUUCUGCGAUGAAUCCGCACAUUCCUCAAUGGCAGACAGAAGAAGGACUAAUCAUUCUUCCUGAGCCCCGGCAGCCGUCACCGGACCGUCGUCAUGGCUAUGAUCCCAUAGUUUCCCAGGAGGAAAUAAAUGAGAUAAACUGCCUGGCUACUUCAGACCCAGGAGAAGACAUGAGAAACCUUGAUAAGACUCAAUCACAGAUUGAUGCAAUCAUCAGUACAAACAAACACGGUGGUAGAAGUAGCAGUGUCUCAACAUCGCUCUCAGGUCGUCGCCAAAAAAUUUAUUGCGACAAAUGGGUCCAUGAAGGUGUUUGUGCUUUCACACAAGUGGGCUGCAAAUUUAAACAUGAGAUGCCCAAUGAUAAGGCGACGCAAAUCUCGCUUGGACUCAACCAUGGCUAUCCCAACUGGUAUCGUCGUGCAUGCGCCAAUGCAUAUCUUUCACCGUCUCUCAGUGCACCCCUGCCCAGCCCCAUACGUCCGAUUGACGGAAACUGGCGUAGGAGUCGAGAGGCCGGCUACGCAACGCCUGCACAAACUGCUGAGUAUUCUACGCCAAAUGCACGGCCGAUCUUCGGCCCCAUCGCUCCACCACCCCAAUACCCAAUUUGCCCUGGCAACUCAUAUCAUCAGUGUAAUCGGGAAGGCCUCGGUCACAUUGUCCAGGGCAAGGACUGCACUACCCUAAUGGCAUGCAGACAAUCCAGACAUUGGAAUUAA